AUGGCCUGCAAAUAUGCUCUUCUCGAGGAAGAGGAACCAGAACUCAGGAUUGUUCUUGUUGGAAAAACUGGAGUUGGGAAGAGCGCAACAGGAAACACCAUCUUAGGGAACAAAGAUGCGUUUACAUCAGAAAUGUCUCCCUCCACGGUGACAGUGAAUUGCAAGAGAGAAACAGCAACGUUUGAAGGUCAAACACUGGUUGUUGUUGACACACCAGGUCUUUUUGACACUAGAAAAACUCAAGAGGAAGUGGAGACAGAGCUCCGUAAAUGCAUCUCAUUUGCUGCUCCUGGUCCUCAUGUUUUCCUGCUUGUGAUCCAACCUGGCAGAUUCACAGAAGAAGAAAAGAAAACAGUCAGCAUUAUUCAGAAGGACUUUGGUGAAGGGGCCAGGUGCUACACUAUGGUCCUGUUCACUCACGGAGAAGAUCUGGAGGCAAAUAAUAUACCAGUAGAUAAAUUCAUUUGUAAAAAUCCAAAUCUCCGCGACCUUGUCAAUGAGUGUGAAGGAGGAUAUUGUGUUUUCAACAACAGAGAUAAGGGUCGGGGUCAAGUCGUAGCAUUGCUGGAGAAAAUCAACAAGAUGGUUCAGAAAAAUGGAGGAAACCACUACACCAACGAGAUGUUCAAUGAAGCAGCGAGAGCCAUAAGAGAAGAAGAAGAACGUCUUCAGCAAAUAUAUCCAGACAUGAAGCCAAAAGAAGCAAGAAAAGAGGCAAGGAAACUCAACGAUUUCAUUUUGCAAGCUUUGAGAGUGGGAGCAGUUGGAGCAGUUGGUGGAGCAGUUGGUGGAGCAGCUGUUGGAGGAAUUAUUGCAGCAGAAACUGGAGCAGCUAUCGGAGCAGUUAUUGGAGGGGUCGGGGGUCCAGUGGGAGUUGCAUUGGGAGCUGGAGUGGGGAUUGCAGUUACAGCUGCAGUUGUGAAAGUGGCAGAGAAGAUUAGGAAAAAAAGUGACCAGAGCCCAUCAUGUUCCUCAGGUCUGUGCUUCACGUGCUGCAGUUUGUGUCAUUAGAUCUGAAGAGCACAGCAAGAGGCCUUGGUUUCUCAUACACCUGACCUGUUGGUGCCCAUAUUACUUUCUACUGUAGGUCAGAAGCGCUUCAGCCGUCGUCUGGCUCAACAACACAAGGUGGCACCAGAGUUUCUGCUCCUCCUCCCGCCUGUCCACUGAUGGAGUGUGGAGAGUUUCAUUUCAACACAAAUACAAUACUUUACACAUGACCUGUUGUGUGUUUUACCUUAAGGCUGCGGUAAAACCAAAGAGCCCUUAGCUAUGAUGGCAUGUGAUGUGAGGACGCUUUUAGACGUUUAAGUUUUGUUUUAUGUUGAACUGACAAAAGACAAACCAACUAUCUAGAGGGUAAAUGCUCUUCUGAAUGUCUUGUAUGAACAUGACUCAGUCCUUCAGCAGCUCCUCGUUUCCUGACCGGCCGCUGAUCUGCAGAAUCUCAGCAGACACAUUGUGCCUGAGCCUGAUCUCUUUUGGUGAGGAGCCUCUGGGCUUUGAGGAAAGCAACACAAUGCUGGUUCUCUUCUCAGAUGCAGAAUCGGCCCCCGUCUUAAUGCACAAAGUGCACUUCACUUGCUACCGUGGCAGCAACACUGACUAAGCUGAAGGCUUUGAAAUACUAAAAGGACUUUUACAAAAAGGAAAUGCAAGUUGAGUGUUUGCUUAUGUUGACACUGACAUCUGACUGGUUCAGUGGAACAGGACAGAAGUGGAGUGAGUCUAAACACGCCGCGCGCUGGGAGGAGCCGCGACUCCGCUGCCUUGACUUUGUCCGUUUCCUAAAUGUAGCGGAGAGGCUGUGAGCGUCCGCCGGAGCCGCAGUGAUAACGCAUGCGUCUUGGCAGGAACAUCGUGAGGACCGUGGGCUGAGUGGAGCCGUUUACAUCU